CAGACAGAGAGUUGAUGAAUACGAGUUGCAGAAGAUUUCGAUGUUUAAUAAAUCACACGACCAAGUCACCUUCGCAAUCUCUUUCUUCUCGCUAUUAAUUACUCGCAUUUCCCUCUCUCCUUCUUCACUGAAUCAGCAAUCAUAUAUACAAAUGGUCGUUGCUGUGCUUGAAUAAUUUCCAGACGCCUUGUAUAUAUAUAUUCGCAUACACAAUCUGCUUAACUAAUCCAACGCAGUGAGAAAGAGAUGAAGUUCGGGAAGGAGCUAGCUUCCCAAAUGGUGCAGGAAUGGCAGACAGCGUACAUGGACUACCACGGCCUCAAGACGCUUCUCAAAAACCUCAUCAUAUUCCGCCAGCAGAACGCCUCGCCGCCGCCGCCGGAGGUCUCGCGGUCGCGCUCCUUGAAGAGGAGGCUCACCAUGUACAGAGCCUUCAGCGGCCUCAACAAUCUCAGGGGAUCCCCCAAGAAGGGCGACGACGAAGCUAUACUAGUGAGCUCGGUGCAGGAGGAGGGAUCCGACCACAGCUAUUACCAGACCAUGUUCCUCCGCUCGUCCGAGGAAGGCGGCCAGAUCGAGCUCGAGUUCUUCCGGAAGCUCGAUCAUGAAUUCAACAAGGUUGAGAAAUUUUAUAAGGAUAAAGUCGACCAAGUGAAGGCGGAGGCGGAGGAGCUCACGAAGCAGAUGGAUGCCCUAAUUGCUCUGAGGAUCAGAGUGGAUAAGCCUCGCGUGGAGCAGAGAGUUGCCGCUCAGUUUAGCGCCGCGGCUCCCGCCACCGUCGUUGCUUCUGUCAAUGGACUCAAGCAAGGUGGAGUGCAAUUGGAUGCGAUUCAAGAAGUUGAGAUGAGCUCUGAAGGUGACGGAGGCGAAGAGGCGAGGGCUAAGAGAAACAGGAAUUUUAGGCCUGCUUCUCUGGAAGUGUUGGAUCAUGUAAAGAUCAAUGUUGAACCAGAUACUCCAGUUUCAACCUUGAGGAAUAUGAUAGGGAAUUCAAAAUCGGAUUUAUCGUUCAGCAAGGUUGAGCUGAGUAGGGCAGAAGAGAAAUUGAGACAGGCCUUCACUGAAUUUUACCAGCAGCUGAGGCUGCUCAAGAGCUACUGUUUCUUGAAUAUGCUUGCCUUCUCGAAGAUAAUGAAGAAGUACGACAAGAUCACUUCGAGGAGUGCUUCAAAAGCUUACCUAGAGAUGGUGGACAAUUCAUAUCUUGGCACCUCCGAUGAGGUGAACAAGCUCAUAGAAAGACUAGAAGCCACAUUCAUCAAGUACUUUGCAAAUGGAAAUCGUAGAAAAGGGAUGAAAUCUUUGAAGCCGGGGCAGAAAAGGGAGAAGCACAGAACAACGUUUUUCAUUGGUCUGUUUACUGGUUGCUCGAUAGCACUGGUUGUUGCCAUCAUCGUCAGCCUGCAUGGCCGCGCUCUCCUGGAGCCGGAGGAACGGACAAAGUACAUGGAAAGUAUAUUUCCACUCUAUAGCUUGUUUGGUUUCAUUGUCCUGCACAUGCUCAUGUAUGGAACAGACACGUAUUUCUGGAGGCGAUAUCGGGUGAACUACCCCUUUAUAUUUGGAUUCAAACCAGGAACAGAACUAGGCUUUAGAGAAGUCUUCCUCCUUGCUUCUGGCCUAUCAGUACUCUCAUUGGCGGCCGUACUUUCAAACCUUGAUUUGGAGAUGGAUCCAGAUACGUUGGAGUAUAGGACUCUAACGGAAUUGGUUCCACUAGCCUUAGUCUGUGUUGUGUUUGUUAUAACCAUCUGUCCGUUCAACAUAGUGUAUCGUUCCAGCCGUUACUUUCUCUUACACUGUGCAUGGCGUUGUGUUUGUGCUCCACUUUACAAGGUCACACUUCCUGAUUUCUUCUUGGCAGAUCAGUUAACAAGUCAGGUGCAAGGUUUCAGAAGUUUGCUCUUUUAUGUCUACUACUACUUUUUGGGAGAUUUCACAACACGGUCAAAUAAGUUCCUUGAAACCAGCAACGCUUACGACAUUCUGUAUAUUGUUGUUGCCAUCAUCCCAUUCUGGUCGCGUGUAAUUCAGUGCCUUCGUCGGUUAAUUGAGGAGAAGGAUCCCAGUCAAGGUGUCAAUAGCUUUAAGUAUUUCUCAACUAUUGUGGCGCUUGUGAUGAGGACAAUAUAUAGUCAAAAGGAACGCGACAAAAGCCAGAACCUCAUGUUUUGGAAAAUUAUGGCAGCAUCAACGUCGGGAUUUACAACCAUCUUCAACACAUAUUGGGAUAUUGUCAUCGAUUGGGGCCUUUUGCAAAGGAAUUCAAGAAAUCCAUGGUUGAGAGACAAGCUGCUGAUUUCUAAUAAGGCUGUAUACUUUGUUGCCAUUGUAGUGAACAUCCUUCUGAGGCUUGUAUGGAUGCAGCUAGUUCUUAAUUUCCAAGUUCCUUUCCUCCACAAAAAAGCUAUGAUUGCACUCAUUGCCUGCUUAGAGAUCCUGCGUCGUGGCAUUUGGAACUUCUUUAGGGUGGAGAAUGAACACUUCAACAACGUUGGAAAAUAUCGAGCAUUCAAGACAGUGCCACUGCCGUUUCACUACGAAGAUGAGAAGAUCAUGUGAUAUAUAGAAUAUUCAUUUUUUGCAUUCUUUGAAAUUUCUUGAAAUAUGAGUAAGAGUUGUACAGACAAAUUUGAUUAACUUUUGCCUUCUAUAUUCGAUGGGCCAAAGGCUUAGGAUCCCCAAAUUUAAGGGGCCUCAAAUUUUUAAAAUAAUUCCAUUAGUUACAACAUAUAUAAGUGUUACAUACGUUUUUACUAUCAGAAUUAAGAUCGAUAAAUGAAGUUCUUGCGUUUAGUAUUUCA